UAUAAGACCGUUACUAACAACAACUCGUUACUGAUAUUAAAUACAAAUUUAGCAAUUUGAAAAGUUACUUUUCAAUAUAUUUAAUAUCUAUAAAACAUCGAUAUUGUUUGUAAAGCAAAUAAGUCUCUAUUUAGAAUAUUUUUUUGGUUAUUUCCAUGAUCAGAGUUAAUCGAAACUUUAGUAAACAAAGAAGCAUUCCGGCUUGCCUUUCUGCAACCAUAACCAUGUCUCACUACUAUUAUUUGCUGCAACUGUCUUGAGGAAUCUACCAUGCAACGCCUUCUUCUACCAGUCGGAUAAUUUAUGUUCUAUUUUUUGGUUUUCAACUUUGGGUUUUUGGGUUCCCUGGCUUGCUGUGGCUAGCAGCUUUUAAUAAACUUUCUUCACUGUUACCUAUGUAGGAGUUUAUAUCUACUCUAGCUAACUCCAUGCAGUGUUCUACUGAUAUUAACCCGCUUCCACCUUCCUGUCUAGCAAUGAUUUUUUUUUUUUUGUUUCUCCUGUAUCUCAUCACAAGGCAAUGGCAUGAAGUGACUUCCUCCACCACUUCCAGAGCUGUGACCAAUAGUGCUCUGGAAACUGGGACAUGCUGGUCUUGUUGCAUACCAGACCUGUUCUCACAGCUCUGGUAUGGCCUUGCAGCUUUUAGUGGUUGUUAAGAUUUUGAUUUAGAUGGCACGCCCUCAGCCUGUAACAACUACUGUUACCAAGCCAGAUUGGAUGAAAUUACAAUAUGUAAGAGAAAGGAACAAUUCUCUAGAUUCAAUUGGCUCAACAGCUUCUUUACUAUCAAUAUUGGAUCAUGACAGCUAUGAAUCUGAAGAUGGCCAAAUAUCAGAGAAGAACUUUCACAAUAGAAGAGAAAACACAGUAUGUUUUAGUCAUGAGUUGUUGCAACCUAGAAAUCAGAGAGAAAACCAAAUGUUCUCUGAGUUGUUGAAAGAAAAAGAAGAAAGUAGAAACUCUUUCAUUGAAGAUAUAUCGAAAGAUUUCCAUGAUAUUUGUAUUUCAAAUGUUGAUGAAGAGAGAUCCAGUUUUGUCCCAAGUGGAAGUCAAUCAGUUUGUCCCUCAUCAAGCAAUGAAAAAUUACCACGUCCCCUGACACCUUGGGAAAAGUGGUUACUUAUGAAAAUAAAAGAAGAACGAGACAUCACUAUCAAACAAGAAGAACAAAAGAAAAUGAAGAAAAUUGCCAAAAUCAGAGAGGCACAAGCUUUGGAAGAAAAAAAAAUCCAAAUUAACCUUUCUCGGUAUAAGUGGCUUGAAGAGAAAGCUAAAGCAGAAAGAUUGCACAUUUGUCAAGAAAGACGAGAAUAUAUUGAAAAGAAGAAACAGGAAGCUGUCAGAAAACAAGAAAUUGCUGAAAAGUCUGAAGUUAACUUUAAACAGUGGCUUGAUAAGAAGAAAAUGCUUGAGAAAACUAAAAAAAAGAUUGAAACCCAAAAGAAGAAAGAAGAAGAAUCAUUACACAAACUACGUCAAGAGAAAGCUAGAGAAACGUAUAAAGAAUGGUGUGAAAAAAUAAAUAAGUCUGGUAAUAAUGUGUCACAAAACAGACUUAAUAAUAAAACAAGCAAACUUAGAGGAUACACUAACAAGAAUGCUUGUCCACCUUCAACUUUUUUCAACCCAGUACCAUGGAAGCCUUUAGUAAUACCAGUUAAAACUAAUAGGAAUGAAAAUGAAAAUAAUUAUAAAGAAGAAAGAAAAUGCAACAGGGAAAUCUUGUUUUUGUAAAUCGCAAAUAGAAACUGAUAUGUACAUAAUGUGUGGUAUGUAUGGAUGGAUGGAUGUUCAUUUUCUUUCUGAAAAGUGAGAGCAGGUCAAUUCCAAGUUACAAGGCUCUUCUUUAAUUGUUUAGCCACAGGUCACCCUGAUGUAGCAAACCUAAAAUGAAAAAUGUUUCAACUAUGACCAAUGAUAUGUUGUUAUAUACAAAUGAAGCAGACAGAUUUUUAAACAUGUUACUUUACUUUGCCAUCUUGUUUACCUUUUUUUUAAAUCUUGAAUCAUGUGAUGUUCUUUUUUAAGGCACACACAAAGGGACAUAGGUGUUCUAAAUAUUAAAUUGAAUCAUCAUG